CACCAACACCGCGGAAGCUGAUGGACAUCUCGGCGGGUAGACCGACUCAUUCUCCAGCAUUUUAUGUGGACACCCCCGCUCCAAUUUACCGGCGCCAAACGGCAAAGCCACCCCAACCCGCCAGCGUCGCAGGCCCGCCCCAGCCGCGAGAGCCGUCGGCAGGCCAAUUCGAGGCAAAGAUAAUAGUGCCAAAAACGGCGCCAGCUCACGCCCUUCCAAGGACGCCCACCCCGCACGCAGAGUCGCCAUGGUCUCCACAGAGGCCCUCAGGCGUGGCAGGCUCCCCCGCCUACCGCGGCUACGCUGCCAUCCACCCGGCAGUUCAAGAAGGGGCAACUGUACUGGGAUAA